ACACAAAAAGCGACUAGAACAGCAACAGAAAAAGGCUGUAAUGCUGUCAUAACUGCUGAAAUAUCUAACUUUUGUCAACGAGAAUAAAUGUUAAAUUGUAUCAUUUUUGCACUGAAUGGUGUCCGAAAGGAAGUUUUUGCUAAAUUUUACAAAACUCAGUCUUCAGCAAAGCGUAUGUAGAAACUUGUUGGCAAAUGCUUCGACGGUUUAAUAUUAAGUUGUCUAAACGAUGGUAAUAUUAGUUUUUGUAGAACCAUUAAAAGUUGGUAUAAACUUUUGAAAGACUUUCUAUGGUCGAAAAAAUAUCAAGAGCAUAUGUAUAACUUGACUACAAAAGCACCAAAACAGGCUUGGCAUGCUAAUCUUGAUAAACCUGUGGGGGUUAUUAGAACACACCUUGUCCCACGAAAAGCAACAUAAGGUACACCGUGUCGAUGUCCCUUGGUAGCUUGCGCGUCCUUGCUUCAGUUAACCCAGCUUCUUUUUAUUGACAAAUGAUAAACUUUGCCUUGGGACCGACAUUUUCAAUCGUCAUAGACACAAAUACCAAACAAAUUCACCAAUGAGCAGGUGCUUGUGUUCCUUCACAUAAACUUUCAUACAGAUUUUAAGCUUGUCCUAGCAUCUUGUCUUGGCGUGCCAGAAGGUGUUUUAAGUGUUGUGUUAUCGCUAGCAUAAGGUCUUCAGCAAAGAUAGACAACAAAAAGAAAAGUUUGGCUCCCUCAGUUACUAGCAUGGGUUCAAAAAAUAAACCAGUCAUCGGUAUCCUCGCCCAAGAGAUUGCAAGAAAUGUGAUUCCUGAGAAUAUUGCUGGCAGUGCAUAUAUAUCAUCUGUAUACGUCAAGUUUAUGGAAAGUUUGGGGGCUGAUGUAGUGCCUAUACCAACAGACUGUGAUUCCGAAGAUCUAACAAAAACGUUUGCAUCAAUUAAUGCUCUUCUCAUUCCUGGUGGUGGUGCGAGUUUGACUGACUCGAAAUUCAUGAGAAAUUUAAAGUUUCUGUAUGAACUUGCUAUGGCAGCAAAUGAUGGUGGUGAUUACUUUCCGAUUUGGGGAAUCUGUUUGGGUUUCGAGGCACUGCUUGUUCUCUGCGAAGGAAUAUCAAUUCUGACAGAAGCAGAUGCUCUUAAUCUCUCAAUGCCAACCAUCUUCACGGAGAAUGCAGAGAAAAGUAAAACGUUUGCUGCUGCAGAUGAAAGAUUAAUGAAUUUAUUCUGCAAUGAACCCGUGAAAUAUCAUUAUCACAAGAAAUGUGUUGAGAUGGAGAAUUUUCUUCAUUCGCCAGGAAUUACGUCACAGUAUUCUGCGCUUUGUUAUGACGAGGACAGGACGAAGAAAUGUUUUGUGUCUUUAAUAGAAGGGAGAAAGUAUCCAUUUUACGGCGUCCAGUGGCACCCCGAGAAAAUUUUGCACGACAUGACACCUGGUUUAAGAAUUCCUAGAUCCAAAGAAGCUGAAGUAGCAUCAGAAUUUCUUGGAAACUUUUUCAUAAACGAGGCUACUAAGAAUCAACAUGCUUUCCAAUCUUGUGAUGAAAAACAAAGGUAUUUGAUACAAAACUAUAACGAAUAUUAUACCGGAGAACUCAACCGCAUUCAAUAUGCGUAUAUAUUCUGAUAUUUUAGAAAUUUCAUUAAAGCUAUGGCCUUACAUUUUGGCAAAACAGUAGAUGCAACGCGAUCAGUCAAUGUGAUCGCUUGCGUCAAACGAAAAGGC